UCCAACAUGGCGGAGCUGACGGUGGAGGUUCGCGGCUCCAACGGGGCUCUCUACAAGGGAUUUAUCAAAGAUGUCCACGAAGACUCCCUCACAGUUGUUUUUGAAAAUAAUUGGCAACCAGAACGCCAGGUUCCGUUUAAUGAAGUUCGAUUACCACCACCACCUGAUAUAAAGAAAGAAAUUAGUGAAGGAGAUGAAGUAGAGGUAUAUUCAAGAGCAAAUGACCAAGAACCAUGUGGAUGGUGGCUGGCUAAAGUUCGGAUGAUGAAAGGCGAGUUUUAUGUCAUUGAAUAUGCUGCUUGUGAUGCCACUUACAAUGAAAUAGUCACAUUUGAACGACUUCGGCCUGUCAAUCAAAAUAAAACUGUCAAAAAAAAUACCUUCUUUAAGUGCACAGUGGAUGUUCCUGAGGAUUUGAGAGAAGCGUGUGCUAAUGAAAAUGCCCAUAAAGAUUUCAAGAAAGCAGUAGGAGCGUGCAGAAUUUUCUAUCAUCCUGAAACUACCCAGCUAAUGAUACUGUCGGCCAGUGAAGCAACUGUGAAGAGAGUAAAUAUCUUAAGUGAUAUGCAUUUGCGAAGUAUUCGGACGAAGUUGAUGCUUAUGUCCAGAAAUGAAGAGGCCACUAAGCAUUUAGAAUGCACAAAACAGCUUGCAGCAGCUUUUCAUGAAGAAUUUGUUGUGAGAGAAGAUCUAAUGGGCCUGGCAAUAGGAACGCAUGGUAGUAACAUACAGCAAGCUAGGAAGGUCCCUGGAGUUACUGCCAUUGAGUUAGAUGAAGAUACUGGAACGUUUAGAAUCUACGGAGAGAGUGCUGAGGCUGUAAAGAAAGCAAGAGGUUUCUUGGAAUUUGUGGAAGAUUUUAUUCAAGUUCCCAGGAAUCUUGUUGGAAAAGUUAUUGGAAAAAAUGGCAAAGUUAUUCAAGAAAUAGUGGAUAAAUCUGGUGUGGUUCGAGUAAGAAUUGAAGGAGACAAUGAAAAUAAACUACCUAGAGAAGAUGGAAUGGUUCCAUUUGUAUUUGUUGGCACUAAAGAAAGUAUUGGAAAUGUGCAAGUUCUUCUAGAGUAUCACAUUGCUUACUUAAAGGAAGUGGAACAACUAAGAAUGGAACGCCUGCAGAUCGAUGAACAGCUGCGACAGAUUGGUUCUAGGUCUUAUAGUGGAAGAGGCAGAGGUCGUCGGGGCCCUAAUUACACCACCGGUUAUGGUACAAAUUCUGAGCUGUCUAACCCCUCCGAAACAGAAUCUGAGCGUAAAGAUGAGCUGAGUGAUUGGUCAUUGGCAGGAGAAGAUGAUCGAGAGACUCGACAUCAGCGAGACAGCAGGAGACGCCCAGGAGGAAGAGGCAGAAGUGUUUCUGGGGGACGAGGUCGUGGUGGACCACGUGGUGGCAAAUCCUCCAUCAGUUCUGUGCUCAAAGAUCCAGACAGCAAUCCAUACAGCUUACUUGAUAAUACAGAAUCAGAUCAGACUGCAGACACUGACGCCAGCGAAUCUCACCACAGUACUAACCGUCGUAGGCGGUCUCGUAGACGAAGGACUGAUGAAGAUGCUGUUCUGAUGGAUGGAAUGACUGAAUCUGAUACAGCCUCAGUUAAUGAGAAUGGGCUAGUCACAGUUGCAGAUUAUAUUUCUAGAGCUGAGUCUCAGAGCAGACAAAGAAACCUCCCAAGGGAAACUUUGGCUAAAAACAAGAAAGAAAUGGCAAAAGAUGUGAUUGAAGAGCAUGGUCCAUCAGAAAAGGCAAUAAAUGGUCCAACUAGCGCUUCUGGCGAUGAAAUUCCUAAGCUACCGCGUACUCCAGGAGAAGAAAAGACUAAAACCUUAAAAGAAGAGAGCACUCAAGAAGCAGCAGUCCUGAAUGGUGUUUCAUAACUGAAGGAAGUUCCUAGUUUACAGUUCUUUUACAUUACAGUUACAAUAGUGCUUGUACAAGCUUGCCAAAGAUAGAAUACGGAUCGCCAGUCUUACAUCGCACUUUCAGUUCCUCCAUUUGGAAUUCAGAAAGGGGAGGGAUCCUGACGAAAUCAUAUGUUAAACAUACUUUGACACCUACUGUGUUAAAAAUAUAUCAUCAGAUGUGCCUUGAGAAUAGUAUAUGUAACAUUAAAAAAAAGUUGCUGGCUAUAGGAAA